AUGGCUUCAUCAUUGCAGUUUGCCUACCGGACCCUCAAGCACAUUGGUGUCUUUGACGCCGCCCCUGCCUACGAACCCCUUCCUGGCUUGACCAAGCCCGAGGGCAACCUUCGCUGCUGUGCCUACUCCCCGUGUGGCCGCUACUUUGGCUGGGCUUCACCCGAGGCUGUCAGUGUCAUUGACGCCUCUACAGGCGUCACCAUUCUUACUCUGCCCAUCCUCAACGUCUACGAGCUCGGCUUCUCGCCCCAGGGCACCUUCCUCAUCACCUGGGAGCGCCCUGCCAAGGAUGAAAACGGCGAUGCCACCAAGAACUUGAAGAUUUGGCGCACAGUCGAGGAGGGUGUUGCUGCCGCCGAUAAGCAACCCAUUGGUCGCUUCGUCCAGAAGCAGCAGGGUGGCUGGAAUCUCCAGUACACUGCCGACGAAAAGUACUGUGCCCGCCUCGUCACCAACGAGGUGCAAUUCUACGAGACACACGAUCUCGUCACUGUUUGGAACAAGCUUCGCGUGGAGGGAGCCGCUAACUUCGCUCUCGCUCCCGGAAGCAAGAACCAUGCUGUCGCGGUCUUUACCCCUGAGCGCAAGGGUCAACCUGCCUCGGUCCGCGUUUUCAACGUCCCCCAGUUCAACGCCCCCAUCUCUCAGAAGACGUUUUUCAAGGGCGACAAGGUCCAGCUGAAAUGGAACAAGCGCGGUUCCAGCAUCCUCGUUCUGGCCCAGACCGAUGUCGACCGCUCUGGUAAGAGCUACUACGGCGAGACGACCCUCUAUCUCUUGAGCACAAACGGUGCGUUCGAUGCUCGCGUCUCGCUGGAUAAGGAAGGUCCCAUCCAUGAUGUCUCGUGGUCGCCCAACUCUCGCGAGUUUGGUGUCGUCUACGGAUUCAUGCCUGCCAAGGCCACUAUUUUCAAUGAUCGGGCUGUCGCAACCCACUCGUUUCCUCUGAGCCCUCGCAACACAAUCACCUUUUCUCCCACGGGCCGUUUCGUUCUGGUGGCUGGCUUUGGAAACCUUGCUGGUCAGAUUGACGUCUACGAUCUCGAAAAGGACUACCGAAAGGUGUGCACCAUUGAGAGCGGCAACCCCAGUGUUUGCGAGUGGAGCCCCGACAGCCGAUACAUCAUGACUGCUACAACGUCGCCAAGACUCCGUGUCGAAAAUGGUGUCAAGCUGUGGCAUGUCGCUGGCAGUCUCAUGUACAAUGAAGAUAUGGUUGAAUUGUACAAUGUUGUCUGGAGGCCGCAGGCACCCGAGGCUGCCGCACCAGGCGACCCUCUCACGACUGUGCCAUCCCCCCACGCCUCCGCCGCCACCUAUCUUGGGACAGUCAAGACGCCGAGCAAGCCUGCCGGUGCUUAUCGCCCCCCUGGUGCGCGCGGUCUGGCUACUCCUUUGCACUUCAAGCGUGAAGAUGAGGGUGGUGCUGCUCACGUUGUGAGCAACGGCACUCAAAAUGUCGGCCCCAAUGGUUUCGGUCGUGCCCGUCGUGCUGUCCCCGGCGCCGAGCUUUCGGAGUCUGCUUCCGCUCCUACGCGCGCAGUUCCUGGUGCUGAGCCAGUUGAGGGCGACACCGCCAAGAAGGGCAAAAAGAAGAGAAGCAAGAGGAACAAUAACAACCAGGGCGAGGCCAAACUCGAAGCGGAGCCAAACGGAGGCGCUAGUUUGGCUCCUCCUCAACAAGGCAAAGAUGGCCGCCCCGAGAGACGUGGUGGUGCUGGUGCUGGUGGUAACGACCGCCACUACCGCAGUCGCUCUCGAAACAACGGCGACAGCCGAAGCCGUAGCAACACCAACCAGGGUCAGCGCAACGGUGGCAACGCCGCUCAGCAGGCUCCCGCUCAGGACGCUGGCGCCGCCGAUGCUAACCCCCAUGCUAAGAAGAUUCGCAGUCUGCAGAAGAAGGUCCGCGCCAUUGAAGAUUUGGAAAUGCGCUUGGCUGGCGGUGAGAAGCUGGAGGAUACGCAGAUGAAGAAGAUCCAUACCAAGUCGGCUGUGAUCAAGGAGCUCCAAGGCUUGGGCGCCGAGUCUUAA